GCGAACGGCCAACAGAUGCAGCUGUAGUUGGCUGAGUGGAAAGUGUCGGAAAAUCUGUGACAGUCCCGUCUGCUUUUCAAAAAGAGAGAAGAACGAAGAGUGGAAGAAAGAGAGCGCGAUAAAAAUCGAACGUUUUCGUAAGACGGCCAACGCUACGUAUACGCAAUAUGCUGCUAGAUCGCUCCGAGGCUGUCGAAAUAUUGAAAAAUGUCAAGAGAGGCGAAAGUUUCAAAAUUUUAGACUACCGAGUGGAUAAAAAUCUGAAAGCUGUCGGUUAUCUUGGCGAUUACUACAAUCUGACAAUAAACUACUGGAGUGGUGAAGCUGCUGAAGAAGUACAGCUAUUUAUUAAAGCUCUUCCCUUACUCAGUGCAGAAAUGGAAAAGGAGGCCAUUUUCCAAAAAGAGGCUUGGCUCUACAAUACCCUUCUGGCUGAUAUGAGAAAAUAUUCUCGUGUAAAAUGGUGUCCCGAUUGCUAUUACACUCGUUCCGAUAUAUUGGUUUUGGAGAACAUCACUUUGAAGGGCUACAAACAAUCAGGAACGACAGAAUUAAAUGAUAUUCACAUGAAUCAGUUAAUUGAAUCGUUGGCAGCUUUUCAUGCCGUCAGUUUGGUUUACGAACAUAGAACUGGGACAAAUAUUGGCCAGGCCUAUGGCGAUCAUUUGCUGGAGAUUACUGUAGCCGCGGAAAUAGCCUGGUUCACCACAGGACUCUCGGGCGUUCUGGCCACCAUUCGAAGCCUGGCUAAAUAUCAGGGCGCCAAAGAUAUAGAGUUUAUAGACACCAAACUAAAGAGGAUUUUGGAGGGAAUUUACGAACAGGCUGCUCCUUCGCAAAAGUACAAAAAUGUCCUUUCUCAUCGAGAUCUCUGGGCGAGAAAUAUCUUUUUUCCAAUUAAUCAAACCGAGCCAGCGGUACUGAUCGACUUUCAAACGUGUCGCUAUACUCCCCCAGCAGCGGAUUUAAAUUUCUGCCUUUAUCUGAACCUCCUUCCCAAGGAUCGAAGGCAGAAGGAGAAACAGUUCAUUGAUUUGUAUUACAGACAUUUCCAAAAUAAUCUUUUGGACUUGGGCCUUGAGGAUCUGCUUAUCAGCAAGGCAGAGCUACUAGAGUCCUAUGAAGAUUUUAGAUUAUUUGGAACCGUCUAUCGCGCUGUGGCAGCCACUAUUGUGAAGCUUCCACCUGAAUUCAUUACCAAUGAUUUCAAGUACGUGGAUCGAGCUGAAGUGAUCUUGAAUUACAUGAGGACUAACCAGGAGUUUAGGGUCUACAUGGAGGAGUGCUGUGUGGAUGUCAUGAAUAUAGCCUUGUCGAGGGACGCCAGGGAAGCCAAGUGAAUGAUUCCUAUUGUGGCUGGAACAGCUGAUAAGUGAGAGUAGCCUUCCAGAGGCGAUAAGAAAAGAUUGUAAAUAUAUAAAAAAAAUAAAUAAAACCUAUUACGAAAAGGUA